AGCCCAAAAAUAAUGGGUAUAAGCAAGACGAAAAUAAUUGUGAGCGUUCGUGCUUUAUGAUAAAUGCAAAAAUCUUUAUCGGCUAUAAGUCUUCGCAUCUUUGUUGCGACCGCAGUUUGUUUCAAAACUAUACCAGUAUUAGUGAGACGAUCUGGGGUCGAAUCGUUACAUCCGUGUACGGAUCGGCAAACGUACGAAUGAAAAUUACGUGAUACGUCAAUCGUAUGUGGCGAUUGGCAUUAUGACAUACGAAAGCGAACGGAUCGUAAUGUGUUUUCAAUUCACAAUAGUUUUUAAAUUCCACAUUGCUAUGGAUCGUAUUUUUAGGUCGCAAUAGAUGUGGAACUGUCAAAACUGUCGCAAAAUAUUUAAUAAAUUUGUUAGUUUAAACAUCAAACGGUUGAAUAUCAAGAUGGAUCCGACUUUGUUUUUUUAUAUUUGAGCUCUAGUGAGAGUGAUAGUGAUGAAAAAAUAGUGCGGAGGCAACUAAGAGAUCGGAGCAAUCCUUUGGCACUGCCGAACACAGCGUAGGUAUAUAAAAAUUAAAUCAUGAAACCUCAUUAAUGAAGUUUUCCUUGCAGAUUUUUAAAACGAUUUCGUCUAACUAAAGAGGCUUUUGAAUAUGUCCUAAAUAAUAUAUGUUUAACGCAAUCUGACGUCAGAGCAGUGCCUCCAGUGCUACAAUUAGCAACCACGCUCUCACAUUUGGCUAGCGGUGUAUACCAGCACAGUGUAGGCAGUGACUAUUUAAUCCGGAUUUGUCAAAGCACUGUUUCGAAGCUGACAUCCCAUGUACUUAAAGAAAUGGAAACGAAGCUGUGCCCUCAGUUUAUACGGUUUACACCAGAGGAUUCCCUUACGUGUAAAGAGUGGUUUGUGCAGCAAUAUAAAAUUCCAGGAGUUAUAGGGUGCGUUGAUGGGACCCACAUCGGCUUACAAAAACCCACAGUGAACGAGCACAUGUACUUCAAUAGAAAAGGCUACCAUAGUAUCAACGCUAUGAUAAUAUGUGAUCACACUUACAAAAUUUUGGCUAUUAACUGUCAAUACGGUGGUGCAGCCCACGAUUCAUUUGUUUGGAAACACUCGGACCAGCGAAGAGUUUUGGAAGAACGAUUUCAGCACAACAGGAAUGAAAAUUCACGGCUUUUAGGGGAUUCUGGCUACCCAUUGGAACCAUGGUGCAUAACUCCUUACAGAAACGCUUCGGAGGGUGCAAAUGAAGCUAUGUUCAAUGAAAUACAUUCCAAGGCAAGAUGUAUCGUCGAACGAACUAUCGGAAUUUUAAAAGGACGCUGGAGAAUUUUAGGAUAUGGCAACAGAGGAAGGUACCAUCCGACAAAAGUGGCAAUAUUUGCUAACGUUUGUGCAGCAUUACACAACAUCUGCAUAAAAUUUAAAAUAAAUUAUGAUCCUCAGAAUUGCGAAUCUGAUCAAACAACGGAUAUCGACACUGGGGUAGCGAACCGCCUCACCGCAAUCGGCCAAACAAUAAGGGAUCAAAUAAUGCACUCUUUAAUAAAUUGAAGAUGAAAAUGUCUAUGUAUUUAUUCUUGUAAAUUUUUUUCCCUUCUAAACUGAAAUACAAAAAUUUUGUUCAUAUAAACUCAUUAUUUUUAUUAGUCGUUUCAUCACGUUUGUUGGUUUUAUCACAUUUCUUAA